GUUGGAGAUGAGGGGGAUGUUUUGCCACCAAAGCUGCAGAAUGACAUUUUGACUUCUCUUGCCCAGGGGAAUAAUGAUCUGCAGACAUUGGAGCAGAUCAAUGAGCAUGUCUCAGGUCCUUUCAUGCAGUUCUUCAUCAGGACUGUGGGCCAUUAUGCCUCCUACAUCAAGUGGGGGCCAGAUAGGCAAGGCCACUUCCAGGAGAAAUCCUUCUGUAAAGCCCUGACCUCUAAAACAAAACGCCGGUUUGUGAAGAAAUUUGUGAAGACGCAGCUCUUCUCCCUUUUCAUCCAAGAAGCAGAGAAGAGCAGGACGUCCCAUGCAGGGUACUUCCGACAGAAAAUCACUGAAUAUGAGGAACAGAAGAAACAGAAGAAACCAAAAGAAAAGACUGUGAAUAAGUGAUGGGGGAGAGCAGGGUCACUACUCAAGCUUACGGCCCAGCUCUGUCUGGAGAGGACUUGGACUCUGUCCUGAGCCAGCGCUGGUUUGGUCUUGGGACCCCGGCAUUGUCAGGUUCGAGGAUGGGUUCCUUUUGGCAGCCAAGCCCUGUUUCAAGCUGGUACUUGGAGCUAGUACCUCAGGAUUUUCAUGGGGACCAGCUUUUUCCUUCCUGAGAAGAGAUCCCAGGGCUCUAUCCCCUUGUUUUCUGGAGGGGAUGCCAAAUCAGGCGGUGAUUAGGUAAUAGCUACUGUGACUCCCCUGGGUAUUCUCUGUCCUAGAAAUUCUGGGCCUGCUGUGUUGCUCCUUCCUUAGGGACUAAUAUACUCAGUGUCCAGUACUGUACGCACAGAGAACAGCUUUCACCCAGAGGCUCAAACCUUAAAAAAAAACAAAAACCUGUAAGAAUGUGAAUAAAGAUAGAAAAUAUUGAUGUUAUUAGGCUUCUUUCAUGAGUAUCCCGAUACAGAGAGACAGACUGACAGUGGGGGAGGUGAUAAACUGAACCAGAGUUGGAAAGUGUGGCUUUCCAGAAUCAUUUCAUCCAGAAUUAUUUGAGGUUCAGCACUUUCCUUUAUGCUAAGAGUCACUGGACUUUUGUGUUGAUCGACAAAGUAGGUUCCAAUGAAUCCUCCA